AACUCAAUCUCGAAAUCUUACACUGCAGCGCUCUCUCCCUUUCUCACAUGCAGUUUUCAACUUCUCUCGGCUCGGGAAGGAUGGCGAGUCCUAGUGUUGUUCGAGGACCUGCUGCAAGACCACCUGCUCGGCUCGGCUCGGGAGGGAAUGGCUGGAUGGCGACUCCUAUUGUUUUCGAAGUACCAGAUACAAAACCACCCGGUCCACUCGGCUCGGGAUCUAUUGUUAUUCAAGGACCUGAUGCAGAACCGUCCACUCUGCUCAGCUCGGGAAGGAUGGCGACUCCGGCUGUUCAAGGACUUGCUGCAAAACCAUCCGGUGGGCUUAUCUGCAAGUUCAAAUUGAAGAGAUACGAGACCGCGUUUAUGUGUAAUAUAUGCAUGGUGGAUAGUUAUGAUACUGAAGGAUACCAUUGUAAUCACUGCAAUCUGUCUCGUCACAAGGGCUGCAUCAAGCUAGCCAGUGAAAUUAACAUCGACCCCGGGCCAAAUGACAUCUUUCGCGGAGGUUGCACAUUCAAGCUUCACAAGAAGCCAAAGCAAGCACGGAAUUCGCAGAAUGAAACUUGGGCCAACUACUGCAUGGUUUGCGGGCUCCUGAUCAAAAGCUACAGCUAUCACUUCCGGUCCACGUUAGGCAAUCAGGACUUGAAUAUGCACCCUUGCUGCGCGGAGCUCGCCAGACACAACCGUGUGCCAUACGAGCUCCAGCUGGAGGAACAGCAUAAGUGCGUGUGGUGCAGCAAGGACCGACCCCCUGAGGCCUCCCAUGCGGGCCCAAUGAACUAUUUCUGUUGGUCGUACAAGUUGACAGAGACAGGCGGCAGGAGAUACCGCAUUCAUGUGCACUGCUACAGGAAAAUGGUGAAUCGGGCCCGGAGAAGCAUCGUCCAGUCAGGCCACAACGCACGUGGAGGUAAUCAUCCCAUAGAGAUUGUCCUGAAAGGAAGGGGGAAUGGGGACACUGGAAGGGGGAAUGGGGACAUAGAUAUAAGCUGGGAGAGACUACUGAGGAAAGGGGCAAAUAUUAUCCUUAAUCGAAUGACUUAAAAAAUUAUAUUGGUGAAAUGGGCCAGUUUUUGUGUUUCAUGCAUUUGUAAUUUCAAUUCUGCUUGAAAAUUAUUAGUGAAGCAUACCUGAUAGGGGCUGCCAGUUGUACGUCA